AUGCCGACGCAAUACGGCAAUUUUCACGACUUUUGUCGCGACACCGGUAGCUUGCGAUCAACCCUGCCAGUCUGCAAUCUUUUCUCCGAGUCCCCGUCACGAGGAGGUAAUGGCUUUGGCGGAUGCGACCUACAGGGUAUCUCGCUAGGAGGAGGAGAAUAUCUCGCAAACUUGGGUUCUAUACUGGUUGAUGGUCUCGCUAUCCUCACCGCCUUGUUCUUGAUUUGGAAGUCAAAUAAGAAGCGUGCCGCCGUCGGAAGAAGGGAGAUGCAGCUGUUCCUCAUUGGAUACAUCAUCAUUUCGAUCUGUGAAAUUUUCACCAUUGGCUGGUUCCCUCUCGAUGGUGCUGUGCGACGCGCUUUCUCUGCUGUACAUAUCGCCGCAAUCGUUGCAACUACGUGGAUCCUCCUCAUGAAUGGUGCCGUUGGCUAUCAAUUCCUGGACGACGGAACCUUUGCCUCUCUCGCUCUCAUCUUUGGAUCCGCCAUCAUUCUCUUUAUCGGUACUGGCUAUAUUGCCCUCGACACUGCUUUCAGCUGGACUGGAUACUGGGAUGAUACUCUUGUGGCCCCCAACCGCUCAUACUCGCUCUAUACUCUGUAUCAGCUCGUACCGCUGGUCUUCCUAACCAUCUUCUUCAUCUUGGAGGCUGUCAUUGUCGUCAGAGUUCUCGGCGAGAUCAGACCCAUGUUCUACCUCGUCUCCGCAAUGCUUCUCUUCGCCAUUGGACAAAUCUUCCAAUACGUCAUCAGCGUGCAUCUCUGCAACGCAACCAACGGAGCCAUCAACGGCGGGCUCUUCGAGUCGCUCUUUACACUGUUUUCAAUCAUCAUGAUCUGGGUCUUCUGGUCCAGCAUCACCGAAGACGACUGGCCUCUCCCCUCGACCGAGACCUCGACUUACCCUUGA